AUGGACCCGACAACGGGGUCCCCGUUACCACUGGGUCGCCACUUUGCACUGCGCAGCGUUGCCGUUGGGCUCGGGGUCGGGACAGUAAUAUGCGCGGCCAAUGUUUAUUUUGGCCUGCAGACCGGCUGGGUGUCUAUCAUGUCCAUGCCUGCCAGCCUCAUGGGAUUUGGCGUAUUCAAUCUGCUGCGUCGCCACUUGCAGUUCCCCUUCACGCCGGUGGAGAAUGUCCUUCUCCAGAGUGUCGCGUGCGGCAUGGCUAUCAUGCCCCUAGGCUGCGGCUUCGUCGGCGUGAUCCCAGCCAUGGAAUAUCUUUUGUCCCCAGACGAACAGGGUGCUCUCUCGCUGAGCCUUCCACAGCUGGUUGCCUGGUCCCUUGGCUUGUGCUAUUUCGGCGUCGUUUUCGCUGUGCCUUUACGGCGCCAGUUUAUCAUCCGUGAGCGGCUGAAAUUUCCAAGUGGCUUCAGCACAGCCGUCCUCAUAUCCGUGCUGCACGAUCAAGGGGGUCUGUCUUGGAGUAAGCAGCAUCUCGAUGCUGCCGCUCAUGGAGGUUUCGCAAGCCUUACCCCCGACGUCGUCACCCCCUGUCAAGAGACGCCGCCCAAUGAAGUUACCGAAGCCGGCCAGGAGGGAUCUGGGACAGGAACCGGCUCGCAGCCAUCGUCCGACUCGGCAUCCAGUAUGCGGUCCUUGAUUUUGUGUUUCCUCGCUUCGGGCCUUCUCACCAUAUGCACGUACUUCGUUCCAGCCCUGCGCAACAUUCCCAUUUUUGGUACUGUCGCAGCUCAUAAUUGGCUAUGGACGCUCAACCCUAGUCUGGCCUACGUCGGCCAGGGCAUCAUUAUGGGCGCCGAGACCACUCUUCACAUGGCCCUCGGUGCAGUUGUUGGAUGGGGUGUACUAAGUCCUCUGGCCAAGUCCAGAGGAUGGGCCCCCGGCCCUGUUGACAACUGGGAGCGUGGUAGCAGAGGCUGGAUUGUCUGGAUCGCUUUGUCCAUCAUGCUCGCCGAUGCGGUUGUCAACCUUGGCAACAUGGCUAUGCGAUCAAUAGUGGGUGAAGUGCCCAAAGUGCUUCGUCGUGCGAUAUCCGUUCUUACCCGGCGCACUUCCCAUUACUACACUCUCAUUCCCAGUCAGGACGACAUCCAUCCACAGGUUCCAUCCAUCAGUGAUUCACCCAAUGACAAUAUUGGUGAGGACGAACGGAACGACGCUUCCCCGGAAAAUCUUACCGACGCUCCACCAGAGCAUCUAAUAGAUUCUAGCCUCCUCAUCGCAGGAUUCGCCGUGUCCAUCAUGUUAUGUAUUGCCACGAUUCGCUUCGUGUUUGGUGGCAUCGUGCCACUCUACGCAACGGCCAUUGCCCUUCUUGCAGCACUGGUCCUCAGUAUCAUGGGGGCCAGGGCACUUGGGGAAACGGACUUGAACCCUGUAUCCGGUAUCAGCAAACUUGCGCAGCUCUUUUUCGCCCUCGUCAUUCCUCAGUCAAAUAACUCCAGGGUUCUCAUCAACCUUGUCGCUGGUGCUAUUUCGGAAGCGGGCGCAUUGCAGGCGGGUGACCUGAUGCAGGACUUGAAGACGGGUCACUUGCUUGGAGCAGCUCCAAAGGCCCAAUUCUGGGGUCAAGUGAUUGGUGCCACUGUGGGUGCUGUUGUCAGUGCUCUGAUUUAUCGUCUCUAUACUACGUGGGAGCAGCCUUGUCGUAUCUCUCCAGAGAAUGAUGCAAAAAUCCUGGACUAA